AACAAGAACUAAUCUCAGUCGCUGACCAGGCAGCAAACAAAACACUGGCUGAGGCUGUCGCUGCCUCCGGCGGCACUCUACUCUGCACAGCACUAAACCAGCCACAGCAGCAGAACCAUCUGAGAUCUCUCCCAGGAGAGAGGGAGCGAGAGAGGCAGAAGUCGAGGAUAAGAUCCAUAAUCCAUGCUGCGACUGCUGCAAAUCUGACAUUGGAAGGAAGAUUGGGGUUGCUUAGCUUUUGUGUUAAAUCUAAAAUUGGGAAAGGAGAAUGAGAGAGAAAUAGCGACACGGGGUGAGAGAUGAAGAGAGAAAAAAAAUUAAGCGAGGCAGUUGAAGAUCAUUUUAAAGGUGGUAGGAGACUGUCGGGAAAGGUUGCCAGUGCUUGUAUAUGGGUGUGUGUGUGCGCCAAAUGAGAGAGAAUCCGCCCUUACCAGGCAGGGCCGGCCCUCAUCUCAGGUGGGAUGCAGUUGGAGCGCCUCAGCCACAGACGUGAGAGCAAGAAAUGACCCACGCAGGCACACACACACGCUCAAAACAGAGACGGAUGUGGAGUACAACGACGUUGCGAGCCACCCGCCGCCCUGAGACAACCACAACAAAAGCAACGCACAGCAAACUGCAGCAGCAUCAGCUCCACGAGCCCAUCCCUUGACAACCCAUGGCUCCAGCUCCCUGCGUGUGCCAGGCUGGACUCCCUGUUGAUUCCGGCUCGCCAUUUUUUGUUAAGGCGCUUAAUGUUUAACCUAUUCUUCAGCAAAAGGACCCUGGGUUCAACUGCAAUUAAGGUGAUUGUGUGGUGUCCGUCCAGUGCAGGACUAUUAUGCUCCAGCUGGAAGGCGCAAAGCGCAGUUUCCUGUUCUGCCUGGGAAUAUGCAUGCUCAUCUGCUCAGUCAUCUACCUGAGGGCCAUGGCUGGCACAGAUCCCCAGGGUCAGAGUGGGCCCCUGGGCUGCAGGCCAUUCUCUAAGUACUGCCAAGCUUUCCUCCCCAGCACCAAGGGCUCAACAGCAUGGCAACGCCAUGACUGCCAGGUGGAGAGCUAUCUUCUGAGUAUGGGAAAUCGAGGUGGGGACCAGGACUGCUCUCGUCUGGUGAGGGAGCUUCACUUCAUCACCAGCUCGCUGAGCCGGGAGGAGGAAGACUACCCUCUGGCCUUCAUCCUCACUGUCCACAAGGAGCUGGAGCUGUUGGUGCGCCUGCUUCGGGCCAUCUACAUGCCGCAGAAUGUCUACUGUAUCCACGUGGACGCCAAGGCUCCGCAGGAGUACAGGGAAGCCGUGGAGAGCCUUGUGGGCUGCUUUCCCAAUGUGUUCCUGGCCAGCCACAGCGAGAUGGUGACCUAUGCCGGCUUCUCACGGCUGCAGGCCGACAUCAACUGCAUGAGGGACCUGGCGGCAUCGCCUGUACCCUGGAGGAAGGUGCUCAACUUGUGCGGCCAGGACUUCCCUGUAAAGAGCAACCUGGAGCUGGUGCGCUACAUGCAGAGCAAGGAGUGGAGGGACAGGAACAUGACCCCGGGCAUCAAGCAGCCUGCGGCUAUGAGGCACCGGACUCAGCUGCAGUACAUGGAAGUCAGGGGCUCCCACGUGGCCCCCAAGCGCGGAGGCCCAAAGAAAGGUGCUCCGCCCCACAGGCUUCAGAUGUACUUUGGUACAGCCUACUACGCACUAACCAGGACCUUUGUGGAGUUUGUACUGAGGAGUCACGUGUCCAGAGACCUGCUAGAGUGGUCCAAGGACGCAUUCAGCCCAGAUGAGCACUACUGGGUGACGCUCAAUCACAUUAAAGAAGCGCCAGGAAGUCAUGUAGGAGGCGGCUGGGGUGGCGAGAUCCGGACAAUCAAAUGGAGGGACCAAGAGGGGACAGUACACAAUGGAUGCAAAGGCCGCUAUGUUAGGGACAUCUGCAUCUAUGGUCUGGAGGAUUUGCAGUGGAUCAUCGACAGAAACAGCAUGUUUGCCAACAAGUUUGAGAGCAAGGCCUUCCCAGAAGCGUUGGACUGCCUGGAGCAGUGGCACAGAGACAAGGUCCUGCAGCAAGCCAUGGUUCCCAUCCAGUCAUGGUGGCAACUUGCCACGCAAGGCAAUGCCACCUCUCUUUUCAAUGCCACGGUAGGACUUUGACGAGGUUGUGGGGUUCUUCCUGACCAAAAUGGAUGUAGUUCUCCCAAUAGUUGUUGGUUAUUGUAUCACUUCAGAGGGCUGUACUAAAGUGUGCUGCUAGAGCCUUGAUGCAUUUCUGUUGGUUCGUUUAGCUCAAAUCUCGAGAAAGUCACUGCUUGGACACGUAAUCAAAAGCUAAGCGACAAUUAUCUAACAUUCUUCUCUAUUCGUAGGAAACUGUUUGCGAGGGGAGCAGGGAAGACUUGUUAUUGACAUAUCUCAGUUGUCCGGAAACACUUUGUGGUAAAUUUAGGCUCUGUGUAUCACUAAGAGGCACAGUGGCUGAUGCAACCAUAAUCACUAAAGAAUUCACAAGUCCCCCCCCAUGUCAAACAAGGAACUUUACUGACCUGUGGUGCACUUUGACAACAGAACCACAUGGGCCACUGUACCAAAGACAUUUGUCAACCUUUACAGAAAAAAAGACAGCUCUGUGGACAUGGUUGCUUAGAUGUGUUGUAACAACUGGCCACUGUACCUAAGAAACUCGGCAAACCUUUACAAGGGAGAGCAAUACAGAGCUCUCUGGACAUGGCUGCUUAGAUGUGGGAACUUGAAUAUUGCCAGUUCAACAACAAAAACUCACACACACUCGAUUACAUGUUAAGAAUAAUCCAUUUAAAAGUAAACUAUUAUAUUGUGUGAUUGCCUAUUGCAAAUAAAGUGGCACUCAUUUUAUGACAGCUUUACAUAUGUUUGUCUGUGAUUGUUAUGUUGUAAAUGUGAACAUUAAGUUAAUGCCUCCACUUCAGAUAACUGACGUUUUUUCUUGUACUGUACCCAAUGAUUUAUGAAAACUUGCUUGACGGGUCAAUGUCCUCAUUGUGGUUACAGUCUUUCUUAAUAUAUUAUGUACACACUAUUAGAAUAGUUAUGAAAUACACCUUGUUAUAUUUGGUAACAUAUGCUUGUUUUCCUUAUACUCCAAUCUCCAAAAAUUUAAAACACUGACAAAAGCUGUGACGAAGGCCAUGAGGCUGAUAUGUAAAGCGUAAAGCUUACCAAAGAGCAGUAAACAGGUGUGUUUGUUAAAAGGUAUAAAUGUUGCGUGUGCUAAUCAUGACCCGUUAACAUUGUUUCCUAUUUGUUUUGCAACUACUACAAAAAUAUGUUAAUAAUUAUUUAAAGUUACAUUUAAAGAAAAUGUCCCACUGUUCUUUGAUAAUUUCAACUACUGCUAAAUGAUACCCUCUGAGCUUAGUACUGGCAAAGUACAACUGUAUAAUAAGCCAAAUAGGCCUAAACAUUUGCACUGACAUUAAAUAUUGUUACAUUGUGUAUGUUGUCAAUUUAAGAGAACAGGGUACAAUAAAUGUGAAUAAAUGUGAACUGCCACUUUGACAUCAA